AUGAGCCCCCUGAAUUCAGCUGACUUUACAAACAACAGUAUUGUGCGUCCUGACUUCUUUUUCAUUAGUGGCCUUGCUGUUAUUCCUCACAUAAAAUUCUACUAUUUCUUCUUGUGCUUUGUAUAUGCUCUGACUCUACUGGGAAACACCUUUGUCAUGUUUAUGAUUUACACUGACCACUGUCUUCACAGUCCAAAGAACAUUGCAGUUUUUAAUUUGGCUCUGUGUGACUUGUGUGGAAGCACUGCAUGCAUUCCUCAGAUGAUUGACACCUUCCUGUUUAAAUCACAGUUAAUCUCUUUUGAGGCCUGCUUGACUAAUCUGUAUUUUGUUUUCUUUUUUAUCUCUCUACAAUCUUUCACUCUCACUGUUUUAUCCUAUGAUAGAUGUGUUGCUAUAUGUGUUCCACUGAGAUACAAUGACAUUGUGACUAGUAGGUCAAUAUUGGUCAUCAUAGCCAUAUUAUGGAUUUUUGCAGGAGUGAUCAUUCUCAUAGGUGUGGUAUUCAUCACCACACUGUCAUUCUGCAAAUCCAAUGUGAUAGACAGCUAUAUCUGUGACCAUGGACCCAUUUGGCGUUUGGCGUGCAAUGACAACACUCCAAGUAGGAUGAUUAGUUGGACACAUUCUUUUGUGAUUCUGUGGUGUCCAGUACUUUUUAUCACAGGUACAUACAUUUGUAUAGGUACGGCAUUAUUAAAAAUCGCAGUGGCCUCAGAGCGCCUCAAAGCCAUGCAAACCUGCACCUCUCAUUUGAUCUUGGUGAGUGUGUUUUACCUUCCUAUCUGUAUCAAUGGAGCAAUGGGCUCAAGCAUGCACCAGCACAAAAGGAUCAUUAACAUGUCACUGACAACUGUCUUGCCGCCUGUGCUGAAUCCAAUCAUUUACACACUGAAGACAGAAGAAUUCAGAGAAUCCAUUAAAAAGCUGUACAGAAGAAACAAGAUAAAUGUCACUUAUUUCUCAAAGAUCAAAGGGCACAGACCGAGUGUGAAGUGGCCCAAAGCUGUUGAAAAGAGAGAGUGGGAAACAGUCAACAACGACCUGACAAAGAUCCUGGAGCAACAAGUUGGCACAGCAGAGAAAAAGCUGGAAAGGAUGGGCGACAUCAUCUACCAUUACGGAGAAGAGCAUUUUGGAGUGAACAUAAGGAGAAGUGACAAAGCAACACCAGCACCAGCCAAAUCCAGGAGGCAGCAAGAGAUCGAAGGACUGGUCGAGAAGACCAGUCGAGAGAGAAGGCAGCUGAGAAAGCAGUGGAAGAAGGUCUCUGAUGCAGAGAGAGAUGGUCUCAUGCUACUCCAGGGGGACAUCAAAUGCCGGUUGGCAACCUUGUGA